UUUUGUCACCAGAAAUCAAUGUUGGUAGCGUUAGUGCUUUCUGGGAACUCGAAUGGCGUACUAGUGUGAUUGUCGUUCGUGGUUAUUCUUCCUUUAAAUAUAAAUAAUGCCGCGUUCUGUAAAAGUUGUAAGUUAAUAACGACGUCAGUGGGAAUUUAGAAUACGAUAAAUUGUGUUUUAAAUUAAAUUAGUCGCUUUAUCACCUGCAUGUCUGCGAAUGAAUAAAAAAAAUGUCUAAGAAGAUGACUGACGAAGAUGAUAACAUGUCCGAUAGUGAUUUCGGAGAGGAUGAAGAUCCCGAUAAAAUCGAAGUGCCAGGAGGCGGUAAAGACCUCGCAGCGGCGGCUUCCAUCAUGGAAUCCAGAGAGAAGCAACUGAAACAGGUGGCUCUCAAGCAAGAGACCUUCAAACAGGACGGCGUCAAGGACGAAUUCAAGCCAGAUCCAUCCAGAAUGGCCCAGCUGCCGAUGGGAGGCUUCCCCAAGUUGCCCCCCAACAUGCACCCGAGCGCUUUCGAUAUGAUGCGGGUCCCCCAAGGAGUGGGUUCCCCAUACGGAAUGAACAGCGUAGCCGCCAUGGCGGCUAUGCUCAACAGUUUGGGGAGCCCAAUGAACGUCAAUUCUCUGUUUCCUCCGCAAGCUUCGGGAGGGGCCGCACAGGGCUUCAACGCUGCGCAGUUCUUGCAGCAGAGUAAGUCCUAUUUGAGGAACCUGGAGAUGCUCAAUCCGUAUUUCAACCCGGGCUACCUGUCGAUGUUCUAUCCGGGCAACGUGCCGUCGUGGGGCGGACCGCUCAGCAACAAGGCCGUCCAAUCGAUGUGGAUGAACCAAAUGGAGAAGCCGAUGCAGCAACAGCAAGAGGAGGAAGAGGUCGACGACGAGGAGCUCGGCGUCGCCGAAACCUACGCCGAUUACAUGCCGUCGAAGUUGAAAUUGGGCAAGAAACAUCCCGAUCCGGUGGUCGAAACGGCCUCUCUAUCGUCGGUCGCUCCGGCCGACGUCUGGUACGAAUUAUCCAUACCCGAGGAGUCGAUAGACAAAGGACAUCUGUCGGCGUUGCAAUUGGAGAGUAUAACGUACGCUUCGCAGGCGCAUUCGCACAUUUUACCCAACAAAUCCAGAGCCGGAUUCCUAAUAGGUGACGGUGCCGGUGUGGGUAAAGGCCGCACCAUAGCCGGCAUCAUCUACGAGAACUACUUGAAAGGCAAGAAAAAGGCCAUUUGGAUAUCGGUAUCGAACGAUCUGAAGUACGACGCGGAGCGCGACCUGCGCGACAUCGGCGCCGCCAAGAUCGACGUGCAUCCGUUGAACAAAUUCAAAUACGCCAAGAUCAAUUCGUCGACGAACGGCAACGUGAAGAAGGGCGUCGUCUUCAGCACCUAUUCGGCGCUGAUCGGCGAAAGUAAUUCGGCCGGCGGGAAGUACAAAUCUCGCUUGAAGCAGCUGCUGCAAUGGUGCGGCUCCGAUUUCGACGGGCUGAUCGUCUUCGAUGAGUGCCAUCGAGCGAAGAAUCUGUGUCCCGUUGGGUCUUCGAAACCGACGAAAACCGGUUUGACGGUGCUGGAAUUGCAGAAUAAAUUGCCGUUGGCUAGGGUGGUGUACGCUUCGGCGACGGGCGCUUCGGAGCCCAGAAAUAUGGCCUAUAUGGUUAGGUUAGGUUUGUGGGGCGAAGGGACGCCCUUCAAGGAAUUCUCAGAUUUUAUAUCGGCUGUUGAGAAACGAGGCGUCGGCGCCAUGGAGAUCGUCGCCAUGGAUAUGAAGCUUCGAGGGAUGUACAUAGCGCGCCAAUUGAGCUUCCACGGCGUGGCGUUCAAGAUCGAAGAGGUGCCGUUGUCGAAGGAGUUCGAAAAGGUGUACGAUCUGAGCGUGAAAUUGUGGGUGGAGGCGAUGCAGAAGUUCCACGAGGCGGCCGAAUUGGUCGACGCCGAGAAUCGCAUGCGGAAGACCAUGUGGGGCCAGUUUUGGUCGUCGCACCAGCGGUUUUUCAAGUAUCUCUGUAUAGCGGCGAAGGUCCCGCACGCUGUAGCCGUCGCUCACGAGGCCAUCAAAAUGGGCAAAUGCGUGGUGAUUGGUUUGCAGAGUACCGGCGAAGCUAGAACUUUGGAACAACUCGAAAGAGACGACGGCGAAUUAACCGAUUUCGUUUCUACCGCUAAAGGGGUAUUUCAAACGUUGGUAGAGAAACAUUUCCCCGCUCCGGACAGGAAUAGGAUACAGAAGCUUCUAGGAAUCGAACCUAUAUUAAAAAAACCGGCUACUAACGGUAACGACGAGGGUCACAGUUCAUCGGGAAAACGUAAACCAGUGCGACAGGCGGCGGCGCGCGCCAACAAACGCAACAAAUGGUCGACGUCCGAUACGGAAGAAUCGAUAAAAAGCGACGGUUCGGAUUUCGAGAUGUCCGAGGCGGAGAGCGAGAUAUCGGAGGAGCAUUCCGAUUCUAACGUGAGCAGCGAUUUCAAUCCGUUCCAAUCGGGCAGCGAUUCCGACGACGAUCCGUGGAACAGAAAGAAGAAGGGCAAGAAGCAGAAGAAGAGCCCCAAGAAGAAGACCAGCACGCAGGAUAAGCUGUCGUUGUUGUUGAGCCGGAAGACCGUUAAAACUGCGAAACCGAACGGUAGCGGCUUCGCGCCGGCGCCGGUGGCGCCGCCUAUGGACGCGAUAGAGAGAGCUUGUAGCAUGAAAGAGGAAUUGCUUUUGGCGAUCGAGAGAUUGGGCGAGAAAUUGCCGCCGAAUACUCUCGAUCAGCUCAUCGACGAGCUGGGCGGGCCGGAGAACGUCGCUGAAAUGACCGGACGAAAAGGUAGAGUCGUUUCUACCGAAGACGGCGGCAUUCAAUACGAGAGCAGAUCGGAGAACGACGUGCCGUUGGAAACGCUGAAUCUCACCGAGAAACAGCGAUUUAUGGACGGCGAAAAAGACGUGGCGAUCAUCUCCGAAGCCGCAUCGAGCGGUAUAUCGUUGCAAAGCGACAGGCGAGUGAAAAACCAACGUCGACGCGUCCACAUCACGUUGGAACUACCGUGGUCGGCCGACAGGGCGAUCCAACAAUUCGGCCGGACCCAUCGAAGUAACCAAGUGAACGCCCCCGAAUACAUAUUCCUCAUAUCCGAUUUGGCCGGCGAAAGGCGGUUCGCUUCGAUCGUCGCCAAAAGGUUGGAGAGCUUGGGGGCGCUGACGCACGGCGAUCGUCGGGCGACGGAGACGCGCGAUUUGAGCCAGUUCAACAUCGACAACAAGUACGGUCGAUCGGCGCUCGAGGCCACCAUGAAGGCGGUGAUGGGCUACGAACAGCCGAUCGUUUCGGCGCCGCGCGACUACAAGGGCGAUUUCUUCAAGGACGUGGCCGCCGCUUUGGUGGGCGUCGGGUUGAUCGUGAACAGCGAAAAUAUGCCGGGCGUGUUAUCAUUGGACAAGGAUUACAAUAACAUGUCGAAGUUUCUCAAUCGUAUAUUGGGCAUGCCGGUGGAAUUGCAAAAUAGGCUCUUCAAGUAUUUUACCGAUACAUUGGCUGCUAUCAUCACAUCGGCGAAACGAUCGGGAAGGUUCGAUCUCGGUAUAUUGGAUUUGGGGGCCGGAGGAGAAUGUGUAAAACGAGUACGCACGGUAACGUUCCUUAGAAAACACGCCACCGGUACCGCCCCGACGGAAUUGCAUACCGUUCACGUCGAACGGGGCAUGUCGUGGCCCGAAGCUUUAGAAAAGUUCUCGGAACUUUUGGGAGAAAACGAAGGAUUUUGGUUGUCGCAUCAGAUACGAAACGGCAAACACACGAGCAUUUUGGCCGUUGCGGUGGACAAUAGCGGUAGUACCAACAAGGGCAAGAAAGACGGUAAAAAGGAGAGCAAAAAAGAUCAAAUGUUUUCGGUGUACAGGCCCAACACCGGAUUGCAGUUUAGACAGGAAAGCCUAGCGGAAUUAGAGAAGAAAUACAAAAAGGUGGAGUCCGCCGAAGCGGAGAAAUCGUGGUCGCAACAGUACGACGCAUCUGUAAAUACCUGUUCUCACGCCUACUGGCGCGGCAAUUGUCGAAACGUGUCAAUAGGGCACGAUUGCGAGGUGGGCCUGCGAAGGAGAACCUAUAAUGUAGUGUCCGGUUCGGUGUUGUCCGUAUGGAGUCGAGUCGAAGGGGUAUUGGCCAGCAAAACUGGCUCGCAAAAUAAAAUGCAGGUCAUACGUCUUAGGACUAAGGACGAUUUAAAAAUAGUUGGAACGCUCAUACCUAAAAAUUGCGUAGAUGAACUAAUAAAAGCUCUAUCGUCCGAUGCGGAGAAAACUGACGAGAAAACAUUCGAAGAUUAGAGACUGAAUGUGAUUUUUUUUAAUCGAGUGAUAUAUAUCGUACACUUUGAAAUUAGAUUUUUUCCGUUAUUUAAAGGAUUUUAAAUUUAUUUGUGUAAUUUUGAAAUGUACGACAUGGUAAUGUGCAUAUUAACGCCUUUGUUUUUCGGAUGUAAAAUACUCAAACGAUAUCGUACUAAUUGUGAUGUCUCUAAAACGCGUUGUAACAUGUCUGAAAUAUCGACAUUAAAAAUUUUAACUGGCUAUAGGCGUUAAUAUGUACCUUAAUACGUUUCUCCUUCGGAGUUUUAGGAACCAAUACAGGGCAAAAAUAGUAUUUGAGGCACUGCAAAAAUGUAAUUGCAAUGUAGUGGAAUGAGUAAAGUGUGUCUUUUUUUUCCCUUAACGUUUACAGUUGCACGAACUUCUGUAAGUAAAGUUGGUGUUGAUUAAUUUCUCUGCGAGACAUGAAACUCAAAAUUAGCACUAUUAUGAUUCGAGAUAUUUAAAAUUGUUUUUUUACGAAGCGAUUGAUUUUCACUUUAUUUGCACUUGCUCAUUCUCUAAAGCGUGUUAAAAACGCAUACUUAUUCAAGAAAAUAAAUCUGUGAAAUAGUUAUAUUUAGGUAUAAUGUAUUUAUAUGAUCAGUAGAAACUUAUGUACUUUUUUGUAUAAUUUCUUUUCGUUGAGUCACUUGAGAGAAGAGACUUUAAUGAUUAAUUUAAAAUUAUGUAUAAACAAUUGUGUUCGCAGUAAAAUAAUUUCACCUCGUAUAUUCGUUUUCAUAAAAUAAAUGAGCGGCGACUGACAGUUUUUUUACUAUGCAAUUUUAUGUACAGAAAUUUCUAUUUUGGUUUUUUCGGCUCUAAAUUUUGCCCCUUCGCGCUUUUAUCCACGGCCAAGCUCUUAAUUAAGUAGUCUACAUCUUGUUUGAAUUUGUCAGAACAAGUAAAUUGUUUAGCUAUUUGGUGAAGUCGUUCCAUGCCUUUUUUCAUCUUUUGAAUUUGUUCUAGCAGAGCACCCAAUUGUUCCUUAUCUUUCUCGGGUACGGUUUUCUUUUUUUGCGGUAAUUUUGCCAAUAAAUCUCUGACGCCCACUUUAACCUCUCCCUGGAUUUCAGAAAACUUUUCGUCGCUUUCCUCUUCGUUGCUAAAACUGGCUCUAUCACCGAUGGUUUCUUCGGUUUGCUUCGAUUUUUUUCCAUCUGAUUUACUGGAUUUUUUCGGCUUUGCUGUAUCUAUGGCUGGAUCGUCAUCGUAUUGAUCAAUGGGUAAUGUGUCUCCCUGAUUCGAAUUUAAAACGAGAGAAUUUGAAGGUCUGUUUCGAUGCAUUAUUUCGCAAUUUUCGUAACUAUCGGAAGAGAAAUGCGCACUGGAUUUUUUAUUAUUAUAUUCUUUGUCGGAUUCAAUAAUAUUGUGAAUAAGACUGAAGAUACUACGUAACAUAUUUUGAACUUUAAAACAUUUUCCGAAAGACCCGUUUUUACAGAAAAUAAUGGAACUCAAUAAAAAAACAUUAAUUUUUUGAAGACAAACAAACGUCAAAAAAUUCGAGCCAAGUCAGAAGGAAACUUGAUUAAAACUGCCAAUCUCAUUAAAA